UUUUGGUGGCGUUUUCUGGAUAUGCGCUAAUUCCCACCUAUCUCGUUUGGCCCUUUUUACAUAACUAUUUAUACCUUGGUUGUUUGUGUGCCGUCUUUUUUUGUUUGAUGAGUUAAGCGAGGUGUUUACUUUGGUGUUGUUUUAGUUUUCAAGUAGGCGUUGUUAUGAACGACUGGAAACGAUUCUUUUAUGUUAUGAAUGUUUCAUCUUUUGGGUCGGCGGUCUGAUAUAUUUUGGAGUGGAAUUUUGUCACUUCUUGAAUGGCAUAUGUCCUGGGUUUAUGGGAGUUGGAGCAAGCGGCUAGAUAAAGCCAAUGUGAUGCAUAUAUUUGUACUUCACGGAUGUUAUACACAAUAUCAUAGUUUCUUUUUCCCCCCUCUUAACAGAAAAUAUUUGAUAUCAUUUGUGUGGAGAUGCGUACGAUCCUUGCUUGUAAUCAACAAAAAAGUUUACAUCGUUCGAACUCCAGCCAUAUCCAGCGCCAGGUCGUAUGACGUUAUCAUUCCAUCCAAUACACCUGAUUGAUUCGAAGGCUGAACCCUCGCUCAUCUGUAGUUGUAAAAAGAGGUCCGUAAGUAAUGAUUACUCAUAUAACCAACAAGUGACGGAAAUACACCAGU